AUGAACUGGCACAUGAUCAUCUCUGUGUUUAUUGUGGUGGCGCUUAAAGUGGCCGGAAUGACCUUAUUUCUGCUUUAUUUCCCACAGAUUUUCGGUGAAGGCAACGGCAGCUUCAACAGCACAGGGAGCAAUGGAACAGUCUGCCCCAGCAGGUGGAAUUUUCAUCAAGGAAGAUGUUUUUUCUUGUCCACCUCUGAAAGGGCCUGGAACAAAAGCAGGGGCAAUUGUGAAGCACAAGGAUCAACUGUGGCCAUUGUCAACACACCAGAGAAAGUGAAGUUUCUCCAGGACAUAACUGGAGCUGAGAAGUAUUUUAUUGGCUUACAAUACCAGCAUGCAGAGAAAAGGUGGCGUUGGAUCAACAACUCCAUUUUCAAUGGCAACGUUACCAAUCAGCUUCAGAGUUUUGACUGCGCAACCAUGGGCCUAACAAAGACAUUUGAUGCUGCAUCAUGUGACACCCCGCACCGCUGGAUCUGUGAAAAGCCCGCCAAAUGA